AAGGAGACGCCUGUGUCUACCCCGCCUCUGGCCCUGCAUCAAGCUCCUGCGAUCUCGUUGGGUGGCUCGACUUCCUCGGGCCAACUCCUGAUGCUGGACGCACCCAUCCCAGCUCUGGGGGCUGCGGUGGCCCGUGCACCACGCUCUAGAGCCCCGCCAGCGGAAGCCCUUCGCAAAAGCGCGAGAGCUAAAGGGGCCACUGAGGGCCCAGUGCUGGAGCGCGCCAUGCGGGCCACUGCGGAGAAGAAUUCCAUGGCCAAGGUCUCCAUCGAACCAUCCGCCUCCCCGGCCGACAAUGAAGUUGCUGCUACCCCGUCCUCCGUCACUCCUGCACCAGCUGUGGAGCCUAAAAUGCAAGCCAAGAGAAAAGGAGGGCUUAAGCUGGAUAGCACGCGAGCUAAGGGAGCUGUACGCGGCGCUCAAGCCAACGCCGUCGUGAAGGAGUAGGCCGGCCACGGAACGGGUACCUGGACGGCCAAGACGGCGGGGAGUCUCCCUGGUUUUUGUGUUGCUUGUUACGUUGUGAUCGUUGGAAUCUUUUUCUUUGGUGCUCUGUUAUGUGUGGCCAAGCUGUAAUGCCCAGCAGUUGUACCUGAAUUGUUACCUUCGUGGCUUUAUUAAUUUAAAGUCGGGCAAGCUAUUGCCUAUUAUCUAAAAAA